UCGUGAAAGGCGAGAGGGAACAAACGGAUAAGCUCCGUGCGAGUCUCAGAGAGUUGAGAAGCCUAGGCAACUACCCAGACAGAAAACGCGGGUCGUAUGUUCUGUCGGUAUGGUCAUGCUAUCCACCCCUGCGUACGUUAGCGCGAAGCCCUUAACCUGCCCUCCUUCCGUCGCCAGAGCCCAGAGGAAAUUGCCUCGAAUGAACUGCGCAUUGUCACCCUCAAAACGGCGGGAGAGCAGGCGAUUGAUAUCCAUCUCCUUCGUCCUCUCCCACUUGUUCUCUGUCCCCAACUAUGCUAUCGCGGGCAGCAUUUUUGAUAAAUACGUGAAAAGGAAAAAACUAGACCCACUUGAGGUUUAUGUGCCAGCUGUCAUAUUGACGCAAUCACAGAUCAAGGACUUAGAGAAAUCUCUAGAAGCUGAGCAACCCCAAUAUGCUGCUUGCCGAUCCCUACUACGCUCUGGCCCUGCAGCAUCCCUUCGUGUAAAUAUUCGAGCUGUGGCACAAUAUGCUUUGGACAAAGGCAAUGGUAACAGUGCUUCCAACAGUGUUGAUCAAUGCCUCAGAGCGUUGGAGGAACUUGAUUCCUUACUUCUGCGUGCAUCAAGAAAUGAUCGAGAAGCCUCGGUUGAAUCAAUGAAGGGCAAGAUUAAUAUGGCCCUUAAUGCCCUGGACAGCCUCCUCCAAACUGUACCUUCUGAUGUGCUUCAGAAGGGGAAGGCUGUAGCUGAUUCUUAUAUGAUUACAGAAGAUGAACGUGAAAUUUUGGACCAAGAAAUGCAGCAGUUGGAGUCAAUUUUAUGAUAUUUUUUCUCUUGAGGAUUCAAAUUUAGGAGAUUCUGUACCAUGAAUCUCUCCCAAUACAUGCAGUAAUCUCUUCACUGUUCUAUGUAUGAUCACUUAAAUUGACAUCUAUGUAUUGGGUGCAACAGCCUUCCACAUGAUCUCUGGAUCUUGGAUAAGUAGAAUUGUAUGCUUGUAACACUGUCCCUCUCUAGGGUUAGAAAUGAAGUAAAUUUUGGAAGA